AGAACCGUAGGAAUCGACUUACAUAUUUGAGCCGUUGUGAACUACCAUGUCUAGAUAUCUCUUUUCGACUCUCUUCGCAUCUGGUCCUCCACAACGCUCAUCGAAACACAAUGUCCUUUCACGGAUUUGAAGGAAAUCGCACUCUUGACAUCCUCAGAAGGGCUGAAAAGGGCGGUUACGGGAUUCUUGCGCAGAUUUGUUAUGAUGCCCACUCUGUUGUUGGUCUCGUUCGUGCAGCAGAGAGAUUGAGAAGCCCUGCUCUUCUCCAACUAUUCCCAGUCACCCUUGCUUAUGGCAAAGGGCCGUUCCUCCAGUUCUGCCUCAAUGCUGCUCAUGGUGCCUCCGUCCCAAUCGCCGUUCACCUUGACCACGCCACCGACCCAGAACAUCUCGAAUUGGCGCUUAGUCUUGCUGAACAGGGAAUUGCCUUUGACAGUAUCAUGGUGGACGCAAGUCAUGCGGAGACCGAUGAAGAGAAUAUCGCGAUCGCUCGCCCUUACGUCGAACGUGCACGGAAAUGUGGUAUCGCGGUCGAAGUCGAGCUUGGUCGCUUAGAAGGGGGCGAAGCUGGCCUCCGUAUGAUUUCGGACGCGAAGCUCACCAACCCGCAGAAGGCAGCCGAGUUCAUGAAAGGCACUGGCGCAAUUAUCCUUGCACCUAGCAUCGGUAACCUCCAUGGAUCAUAUAUCAAUCCUCCAAACUUCCGACAAGACAUUCUUAGAGACCUUCGAACCACUUUUAAGGGCCAGGGAAUUCCCAUCUGCCUUCACGGAACGGAUGAACUUCCGGAUGAGCUCUUCCGUGAAUGCAUCGAGAGCGGUGUCAGCAAGUUCAACGUAAACUCAUGGGCUCGAGAUCCCUACGUUAAAGCAUUGACUGCUGGUUUGCAGUCUAAGCCUUUCCCUGAAGCAGUGGAAGAAGCUACUGAAGUCUUUGCCGCUGUCUGCGAGAGAUUCAUCAAGCUCUUCGGGUCUGAUGGGAAGGCGUAGAGGAACAUGCAGGUUGAUGUGCAUCUUCAAUUGAUGUUCUGUUAUCUAUAAAACAUAAUCUUUGAACUAUACCCCGUAUUCCUACGCCG